AUAAACAAAGCGGUCUGCUUUCCAUCCAUCGCUUAUGCAAAACUUUGUCCGGUGCGUUCAUAUUCCAUUUUUUCGCACAUUAAUUUGUAAUAGCAGUGUUCUCACUAUCGGAGUACGUUUUGCUCAAAUCUGAGUUCGAAUCUUCGGUAAAAUAUCAUUGUUGUCGUUGAAGCAAAGACAAAAUUCGAAAACCACACGAAAGUCACAGUGCGCAGAAGCCUCUAGUUACAACAAUGGCUCUUAAUCCGAAUUAUGAAGAAAUCGGCAAAACUUUCAUCACGCAAUACUACGCUAUGUUUGAUGAUCCAGCCAACCGGCCUGGACUGGUGAAUUUGUACAACGCAGAACUAUCCUUUAUGACGUUUGAAGGACAACAAAUACAAGGUGGUGCCAAAAUUUUGGAAAGAAUCCAGGGUCUCGCAUUCCAAAAGAUUCAACGUGUGUUGACGGCAGUCGAUAGUCAGCCAAUGUUUGACGGAAGCAUUCUUAUCAAUGUACUUGGCCGGCUUCAAUGUGACGAUGAUCCACCCCAUGCAUAUUCCCAAACAUUUGUGCUGAAACCCGCCGGAACUUCGUUUUUCUGUGCCCAUGAUAUGUUUCGUCUUAACAUUCACAACUCUGCUUAAAAUUGAUCACAUAUCGAGGUGUAAAGCUUGUUAUCGUACAUUCCUGUUUUUCAAAGCACAACUGAUACUGCUAUUUGCAAAACACUUAUCAAUAUACAAAACUGUUGUAAAUCUCGUUUCUGAUGCAUCAAUAAUGUUUUGAAGAAAAUUAAAUGAAUAAAAUAAACCUAACCUA